UUCUUGGUGUUUUUGUCCAGGAAAAUUGCAAAAAAUCUCUCGAUUGCUUCCUGAAAUUUAAUUUCCUGCUGCACCAGGACAUUCGGGAAGGACAAAGUGAACAUCCGGGGGUGUUGGUUGUACGUGCAAUAAUGUAUUUUGUGAGAUCUUUGCGUGUUUAGUGCAGGCAGAGGUGAAAUGGAUUACUACGACGGAACAUUCCGGAGACGUGGGGCGUGGGAUCCUGACCAGCAGCACAAUAGAUGCUGCAACGGACGACUGUGGUUUGUCCGCGAUGUCUGCGGAAUCAUCUGUGCCAUCCUCACGUGGCUCCUCAUUCUCUAUGCUGAAUUUGUCGUGAUGACCGUCAUUCUCAUCCCCAGCCCCUAUCCCAUCUAUUCCUACAUCAAUAUGGUCAUCUUCAAUGUUCUCGCAUUCCUCGCCAUCUCUUCGCAUCUCAGAACAAUGUUUACAGAUCCAGGUUCUGUACCAAAGGGGAAUGCCUCUGAUAAGGCAAUUCAACAAAUGGGUUUGCGUGAGGGUGAGGUGUUCUUCAAGUGCGCCAAAUGCUGCAGCAUUAAACCCGACAGAGCCCAUCAUUGUUCCGUCUGUCGCGUUUGUGUCCGGAAGAUGGAUCAUCAUUGUCCCUGGGUGAAUUCCUGCAUAGGAGAGAAUAAUCAGAAGUUUUUCGUGCUUUUCACGCUCUACAUUGCAAUCAUUUCUGCCCACGCAAUCUUCCUGACUGUCAAUCAAUUCGCCCAUUGCAUCCGGACGGAAUGGCGGAAUUGUUCCACGUACUCCCCACCGGCUACUGUGAUCUUCCUCCUCUUUCUCACCUUUGAAGCAUUGCUUUUUGCCGUCUUCACGAUGAUCAUGCUCGGAACGCAAUUAAAUGCAAUUUGGAAUGACGAAACGGGUAUUGAGCAACUGAAGAAGGAGGAAGCACGCUGGGUGAAGAGAUCUCGAUGGAAAAAUAUCCAAAUUGUCUUUGGGCGCUUCUCAUUGGCAUGGUUUUCCCCCUUUACGCGUCCCAUGAUAAAGACAAAGCACGAAAACUACUACUAUUCCGUGUAAGAUUAUCCCCCCCCUUUAGAGACAUCUUGAAGGAUUCACCAUCUCAUUUUUCUAUGUGACCCCCGCCUCUCCUAUACGUGACCUCCCUUACGUAAGUACUUCCUGACCAAGGUGAGUGACAAAAAAAAUCAAGAUUUCUAUCCCUUUUUACGUAAAAUAAAAAAAAAGCGGGAACAAUUCUCGCUGAGAUUAAGAAAAAAAAAUCAUUGGCUCUGAUAAAUUGAACAAAAAAUUAUUUAAUUUAUACUACGUAGUUAAUUUUGUAAUGAUGAGGAAAAAAAUUGUAGAGGAAUGAGCUUUUAAAGUUUAUUUUCAAGACGACGAUGGAUGAUGUACUUAAAGUUCCCUUUGAUAAAAAAAAAUAGUGUUUUGUACCAUAGCGGAAAGGGAAGUCCAAAAAAAGCAGGAAUGUACCGCAAAUUUCUUUUUAAAAAACAAUUUAAAAUAAAAGUCUAAUUUAUUGUAAUAAGUAUAAUAUAAAAAAUAAAAGUUAGAACGUAACAAA